AGCCACACAAACACAAACUCGAUAAAAGCACUUCGAUAAACCCCUUCAGUUUUGAGCUUCGACCCCUCUGCCAUUCUUUAGCCGGGCGCCAGGAAAAUUACAUUCAACCCAUAUGCAUAUAUCUCUUCGUCCAAACAUCUCCAAAAUGAAUUCUGCACUCAAAUAUCCUUGUAAAAGACCAUGUAUUUCCAAUCAUUUCAAGCUUCCAAAAGCUAGCAUCAAAAAAGGGCAAGCGAAUUACGCUUAUAACACUGCUGCUUAUUCGAGAAGAGAACUAUUAGUAAAAGCAUGCAGUCCUAGUAGUAGCGGCGGAGAGAAAAAGACUGCAAGGCGUAGCUUCUUGUCUCUAGAAGAAGCGGGUUUAGUGGAAGUAUCCGGCCUCAGCCCUCAUGAGCGUUUUCUAUGUCGAUUAACGGUAUCGUCACUGAAUCUGCUAAAAGUGAUAGCAGAGCAGGAAGGGUGUGCGAUUGAGGAGCUGAAUGCGGGGAGAGUUUGUGAUUGGUUUUUAAAAGAUAAGCUAAAGAGGGAGCAGAAUUUGGAGUCUGCGGUCCUGCAAUGGGAUGAUGAUGAUGGUCCAGAUUUCCAAUUUUAAGCCUUAUUCACGUCUACUCCUAGGUUCCUGCCAAAAACAGAUGUGUCAUUCCAAAAUUUUCUCAUGAUUUGAGUUGAUAUUCACUGAUUGCUCCUCCAAGAAAUGACAUAAAUAAAUCUUGAACAACUUCUGCAGGUGAUUAUUGACUAAAGGAGGAUAUUAAUGCGUUGAGCUGUUGAUGACAAUUAAUUAGGGGAGGCUCCUAUUCUGACAGCUCAAAAGUACUCAACGAUCUGUUUUAAUCCUAAUCCUAUACAUGAGUCGCUUUUUGUUUGUUCUCCAAUUGCAUGUCCACGUAAAAGUGUAAUGGGGUAAGGGAUGAUAUUCGUCUAUCUGGUUAUAUUAAUUAUCAAUGGUAGUACCUGUUUAAGUUGGCAGAUUCAUUUAUUUUCUUGCACAACUGAUAGCUUUUGUAGUUUUUGGUCCACUGGACAGCUUCGGUAUGGGAUUCUUUCUUGGAUUGC